GGGGCCCUUUGGCUUGCGCGCCUGUGCCGCUGCAUCAGCGGUUUAGUUUUUUUCUUUCCCUACGCCUGUUUAAAAAUACAAACACGCUCGCCUCCGCCAAUUAGUCCAGCAGGAACAGUCGUCGUCGACGUCGACGUCAUGAACAGCAGCAGCAGCCACAACCAAUCCACUGCUGGGUGAAGGUCUCCCAAAGCUGUGGCCCUCUCCCGUGCUUCCUGCGGUGCGACAUCAACGGAGCGCAUCCACGCAAGCCGACCGAAUAAUCGCUCCAUCACCUUGUGGACAUCCUCCACCUCUCUCUCUCUCUCUCGGGCGCGUUCCCUCCCUUAGCUGCUACUCCGUCCUCGUAGUCUCGGCCACCGGCCACCAUCCCGUGUCGCCAUGACGCGUCCUGCCCAAGCACAACUUUCUCUUCCUCGCAGUGACGGUGUGGUGGUGCCUCAAACGCGCGUGCGUUCUCGAGUCCACGCCGUCCCCUUCCUGCCUUGCCAGCGCAAGCACAAUAACGUACCCACCUCCCCACGCUUCUUUGCGCGCGUUCCAACCUUUUGUUCCGUCCUCCGUAUCGACGUCCGUGUUUAUGAUCCACCCCGGCUCAGCAAUAGGAAGAGUUAGGGGGUGGCGGUCGUGGUGUGGGUGGCGGGCGCGAAUGUUGUGGCGCUGAGAGACCAAGGAGGUCGCGGCGCGUGGAACGGAACCUUUCGGGGGCCGGGUUGGGGGCGGUUCAGCACGAAUCGCAGCCAAUUCCCGCGGCACUGCAGCCGCGCGCAUCACCUCUGCGGGCACAGCAGAGCCUCUUGUUUAAUCUUCCGAGCGAAAGAUAAAGCCACGCCGCCUCUCACAGAAAUUUUAAGCGAUCAAAAGCUCACGGCGGCGUCCCGGAGGUUGUGUCGUGAGCGCGUGCGUGGGGAAGGGGUGGGGGACGAGAGUGCCACAUCAUAGGCUCGGUGUUGCAAUGAGCGCCACGUAUUCUGGCUGCAGUGUUCACGUCCUCGAUGGAUUUUCUUCCGAUCAGCGCAGGGCUUUAAAAUAAAUGAACGUCGUUGUCUCCCCAACCCCCCGUGGGUUUUAAACAAUUUGCGCCAUCGGACGUGAGUCAUCACGACAUGAAUCAUCAUCCGCUCCGAGCUCUCGAUCAGCGGCGUGCAACCCGUCCUACUAGAGAGCGGCUCGUGGAAGCGGACACCGCAGAGUUACCUCUGAGAUCCCUUCAAGUCACCUCUGGUCCACAAAAGGAGGCAGCAAUCUCCCACCCUCUCUGCCACCAAAAUGAAUCGAUGUUUACAUUCACACGGCUGGAAUUUAGGCAAAUUGAUUGCAGAAGCAAACGUAAUGCCAUGGGAUUUUUUUAGUAAGGCAUCACGUGAGCCAUGCACGCGCACGGUUAAUUUUUUUCGUCGUAGUUUUACAAACGUCGGGUUGAGUCGCCGGGUCUUCCGUCAACCAUCGCUUCGCUCUGACCGACAUGUGACUCGGCGAACACAUGACUUGGAGUCACGUGUUGGCAAUAGCCCUGGGCAGGGCGAGAUUGCUUUACGACGUCCUCCAGCUGUGAGCGUGCACAAGAUGUGCUGGGAAACACUGCCGGGAAGGCGUGUUGCUCGCUCAGUGCGCUCUUGGCGUCGGCAUGGACUUCACACAGGCCGUCCGGUCAGGACAGAGAGGGCAUCUUCCACGUUCAUUUCUGGGUUAACGGACACUGCGGUGAGAAUCACGCGAAGAGUGUGCCCGUGACGAUCUCCGGUUGAAAGAGAUUGCUAAGCUCAUGCAGGAACAGGGACAGAGAGCCCCUUUUUUAUCAAUCCACACGCCUCCGAGUCUCUAAGCUAUCUGCGUCUGUGUGUGGCCUUGUUUUUACACUGCGGGGUGCUAUUGGUGUCACGUGACGAGACGAAGUUAAUGUUCAUUGGGAACUCUCAACGCUAGCGGUGCACCACCCCGUGACAGAGCGAUCAUCGCCAGAAGCUGACGUCACAGAGAUAGUUCUGAAUUCGAUAAUCUUGAACCGGAUACAGGGCCGGAUUAACGCAGUGGAAUUGCGGGUUGCGGGAAUAAUACAGCUGUAUAAUAGUUGAAACACUUUACACGAGCACCGUGAUACGUCCUAAAGAUGAUUUUGGUAAAUAAAGCCAUGGCUUCGCGAUGUGUUUUACUCGUAGUUAGGUACCGAUGUUCAUUUUAACUUUGGAGCGGUAAAAGCUAGAUUGAAAACGAAUUUCUUUCGAACUGCUUUUUGUAUUUAGUUUGUUGUACUUCCCCAGUACCUCCGAUUAGCACGGUUGGCUAUGUACGGUGCGAAAGAAGUUCAACGUACACACAAAUACAAUAAAUACAGCCGGAAGUGAAAUCACCGAGGUGAAACGGCCUUCGAGCGGUUGGUGCCUGGCAGAGGAUUGGUGGUGACCCCGACGACGGGCGAUGGGAAGGAGUUGCGCUUGAGGCCAGCAGACAACGUUAACUUCGGGACACGAGGACAGCCGUUGUGAACCUAAUGGGACUGUCCCGGCCACACUGGGACGUUUUAUAGCAGUCACGGAUCCUGGGGGGUGGGGGGGGCAAUGGGGUGAAUCUUGACCCCCCCCCUCCCCCCUUGACACCCAUAAAUUUGCUAUCUUAUUGAUAUUUACCAACCAACACGCAUUCAAUGAUUUAGCAUUUAAUAUAGGGCCCUAUUUUUAAAAGCUUAAAAUUUUACCACUGGCCCCGCUCCCACGCCUUUUGAAGUUGUUAAACCCACCCUCUCCUUAGUAGCCUUAAGCCAUGAUGAACUCCCGGCCACUGCUGCCUAACCGUGUUUCAUGGGAGAGAGGGUUGCAGAUUCUUGGCAUGCAACCAAACUCACAGCUCCCCCCCCCCAGUCCAACCCCCACACACAAAGCCACCGAUGGCAUUACCGCGUGACGCACGCUUCUUCUCUUUGGAGAGGAGGCAAGAAAACAAAAAACACACUGCCAUGUUCUCUCCCCGGCUCGGUAAACAGGCUGGGUGUUGACAGAGGGUGAGCGAGCGGGCGGGCGGGGGAUGGAGAGUGUCGCUGCGGGCCAAGCACCACGCGAGUGCCGUGCGACGUUCCAGCAAAAGAGAGGUGGGGGGGGGAGAUCUCACGGUGAUGCCGGCAGAGAGCGGGCAGAGAGCGGGCAGGGAGAGGGCCGCACGAGGGAGGGUUUCUCCGUCUCUCGAUUACCGCCGGGGAGCAGUGUUCGUGUCAUCGCCACCCAGUGAGGGUGACCCACAGAAGAAGAAUGUGCGAGAGGCCGCGUGCGGUUUGGGCGUUCUCUCUUUGGCUGGGUGAAGAGGCAGACCUGAGCGGGGGGUGUCUCCGCCACCGGGCUCACGAUGGCCGUGAAUGUUUACUCGACGUCGGUGACGAGCGACAACCUGAGCCGCCACGACAUGCUGGGAUGGAUCAACGACUCGCUGGACCUGUGCUACGGCAAGGUGGAGCAGCUGUGCACCGGCGCGGCCUACUGCCAGUUCAUGGACAUGCUCUUCCCGGGCAGCAUCUUGCUCAAGAAGGUGAAGUUCCAGGCGCGGCUGGAGCACGAGUUCAUCCACAACUUCAAGAUGCUGCAGGCGUCCUUCAAGAAGCUGAACGUGGACAAGAUCAUCCCCGUGGACAAGCUGGUGAAGGGCCGCUUCCAGGACAACUUUGAGUUCGUGCAGUGGUUCAAGAAGUUCUUCGACGCCAACUACGACGGCAACGAGUAUGACGCGCUGGGCGGGCGUCAGGGCCAGGACGUGCCCCCGCCCCCGAUCCCGGGCCAGCAGAUCUUCAACAAAGCCAGGGCCCGGCCCGCGAUGGCGGCCGGGAGGCCAUCCCCCGCCGGACCGACCGGGCCCCGGCGCUCCAGCGGCCCCCCGACUCGGGGGACCCCCCUCUCGCGACCUCGCAACGGCACCAACCAGCAGGAGAACGCCAUUGCCGCCGAGAUCAACAACGAGCUGGUGGACCUCAAGGAGAAGGUGGACGCCCUGGAGAAGGAGCGUGACUUCUACUACUCCAAGCUGAGGGACGUGGAGCUGCUGUGCCAGGAGCAGGACGAGGAGGAGGAGCCCAUCGUGCGGCGAAUCCUCGACAUCCUCUACGCCACGCAGGACGGAUUCUCCGUGGACAAUGUUCCCGAGGAGGAGCCGGAGCCCGAGGAGCAGGACGAGUACUGAGGACGACGCCGUCCGCGUCGCCUGCGGGGUUGUGGAUUCGCGACAUGGAGCAGCGGCGCGGUGUCAGAGUGAAGAUUCAGCGGCGGCAGGGGUGGCAGCUUCCCUCGGGAGUCUCAUCACACGGUGGAAUUAAGAAGAUUAAGGAGGUUAAGGAGGCAUUUGUGCCCACGAAGAUGGUCUUUCCCCACAACGCCUCUUCCUCUCUGCUGCUACUGCAACUUCACUGUGCGUUAUAUUCCGAACUAUUGAAGUCAAACAUUAAAUCCCACGAGGAGACGUCCCUGUAACGACCAAGGUUUGCGCACGCACGUCCACCACAUUGUUAGAAUAGCCACAACGUCGUUCUCCUUAUUUGAUGCUGGCUCCGUGUCCGAUUUUAUCCCGAUCGUACCAUCGCCGUUACGUUAUCGAACGCAAUUUGUAUUAUAAGCGUCCCCGGGGGCCAUACCUAGCCUUACGGGGGCCACCAGCUGAAGGAACCCAGCUGCAGACAAGUGCCACUGUUCACCGGAGACACCGGAGUCAUCGGUCGAUGCUGGAACUUCCACCAGUGGCUCAGGACCAGCAAAUGAUAUUCGCGCCGCCUGACGCUCGUCUGAGCAAGAGGACACAAACACGUUUAUAACUUUUAUUGAUUUUUUUAGAAUCUGUUCAUUUUUUUCUUCUUCCCGGUUUAAUUUUGAUCGCGCGACCGGCAGAGCCGCGCGGCCCACGAAGUUGCUAUCACAGAGCUAGCGCCGAGAUCCCUCUGACAGAGAGACGACUUUCUACAAAGCCGCACACGGAACCCCCAGCGGUCCUUGCGAGUGCGGCAGCUAACUUCACGACAGUGUGAGCCUGCGGACGUGCAGCGCCACCGCUCUCCUUCUCUCAGCUUCUCGCCCGGCAAUUCCACCUCGUCACAGCAACCGCUGGCGUCUUGGCGUUUUGGGCCCUUUGCUCAGAAACCGUGGUUUAAAGGAAAAGAGAAAAAAAAAACUACUGCGGGUUUAAAUCGUCGCAUCUUAAUUUUUAUGUCUUUAAAAAAUGUUUUCGUACAAGGUAUUGUGUCGCCUUGCUGAAUAUAGCUGCAAUACGGUCGGUCUCUUUUACGUUCUAGUAGUAGGGUAUGAUGAAACACUUGAAUAGGAAGCCUUCUAAUGGAACGACGGUGACACACACACUGUAGAGAAAAUGCACUUUUGUAAUGCAGCAGGCUAACCAUUGCGCCUGACAAUCAAAUGUGUCGUUUGCUGGCUGGGCCUGGCCGGCACACGACCCAGACACGGCCCUCGACUCUGUCCUCAACCCGCCAGGUACGCGUGCCGCUCGUCGCGCCGUUCGUCUCCGGAGAAGAAAUGCAUCUCGGUGUCCAGGCCGGAGUAGGUGGCUGCGUGCCGAGUAGCCAUGGCCGAGCGAGGUGUACAACAAGAUGUGUUUUUGCCGGGUGCAGGGACAUUUUAUUUGUUGCCGACCCGGACAGACCGGGUUGAAAUUAUGCCCUGUGGAAAUCAUCCCAGUCGGUUGAAUGAGUAAAUGGGCGUCACGCGCGUGUGAGCGUCGUAUGAAUGUGUUGGGAAUCUCACGGAAUGCCGUCCGUGUGGACAUCGUUUUUCCGAUAUAACGUGUGGUAUAUAUCGUCGUUGAUUUCUCCAGCCGAAGCCAAUUUCGCCUGUUGUGAGAGUUUUGUUAAUUUCACUAGGUACCUCUGUCAUGCCUCAAGGGAAAGGGUUUGGCGGGAUUAGUCGUCAUGUUAUGUGAUGGCUGAAUGGUACGUUCUGCGUCGUCUGCAGUGGUUAAAAAAAAAAAACACAAACUUGUGUCGAAAAACACGGUAAAAUACUGAUUGAUCACGUGAUUAAAAAAAAACGACACUAAAUGUGAUUUUAAAUAUUUUUUAUUAACAAUAAGAAUAACUUACAGCCCUUUGUUAAAUCCACGACUGGACGAGGGCCUUCCCAUGCCGUGUCUGUCAUGGGAGUUGUUUAUUUUUAAGGAUAGAUUCCGAUGUCACGGUCUUAGCCGUUGGCCAGAAUUAAAGUGAGGCCACCGCAUCACCGUUCCCACCGAGUGCCAUCACGUUCCAGUCACCAUUGUAACAGUCGGGGGGUGUACAUUUGCAGACGGAAACAUUGCACUGCAUAAUGUCAGCAAAACACUUUUGAGGAAUCUGCACCAUAUCCAGUAUUUUCUAAAAAUGUCUUCCUCUCCGCCAAUCAUGGCAAGUCUUGUUGGAAAUUUCGGAAAAUUGUCUUGACAGGUUUGAAAAAAUAAAUAUUUAAAUGGCGUAAAAACUAUUGGAUGCAGAGUUGUAUCUGUUUUUUUUUUCAUCUACGCAAGUUACAUAUAUGCCAGCAAUAUUUGUCCCAGAAAGUAUGACACAGGUCGACAUUGAAGAGGAAUUCUACUCCAGCCGACAACGUAUGUUUGAGAAAUGUUUUGGAGUUCGGCUCUUUAUUAUGUUUAGGGGUUUCAAUAACACAAAACAUGUUAAGGCAGAGACCUCAACCCCCAUUGGCUGUUUGAUGAACAUUGUAUAAGAUUGGGUCUGUGAGAUUCAGUACAAUUCCACUUGUAAUACUGUAGUUACUUAUAAUGAACGAUGAUUUGCCAGCCCGCUGCUGGACGAUGACCUCUCCGCCCCGAGUGGGUCGUCAGCCUUGUGUGACCGGACUUAUCCACUGUGGCACUGGAGGGGAAGACGGUGGCCAGUACCGGAUAGCAGCGGCAAGGAAGACGGCUUGAAGUUCGACAAGACCGAAAUCUGGAGAAAACAUCUCUCAAGGAUUCAUUGUUGUAGGCGACGUGACCACGAAUUGUGUGUUACACUCACAUACAGAUUUUAUAAUGGCCACAUCUUUAUAUGACUACGGUAGCACACCGUCUAUUACACAUGGGGCUGUUUGGGUUCUGAUUAAUGGCAUGGCACCGCGGUGGCAUUCAUAGUUGUAACUGGGUCAAAUCCCAAAUAGACUUUAUUGACCCCAGUCUUGUUUGUAUCUGCUACUGCACAAUUGUUUUUUUUUAAACGUUAGUACACAAUCUAUUACACAUGGGGCUGUUUGGUUUCUGGUAAGUGGCAUGGCACCGCGGUGACACUCAUAGUCGUAACUGGGCCAAAUCCCAAAGAUACUUUAUUGACCCCGGCCUUGUUUGCGUCUACUACAGCACAGUUUAUUUUUUUAAACGUGCCAACGAUUUCACUUGUGGCCGUGCAGCGACCUCUAGUGCGCGUUUCAACUGGGAAAUCGUGUCCGGUGGCUUUACGCCAAUUUACCGAAAUGCGCCCAGAUGUUGGAAAGAAAGUCGGGAAGGUUCCAGCCAAGAUAAUCGUUGCGAUGGGACUCACUGUGCAUGGGGACUGGCGUGACUACGCGAUAUGCAGUACAGCAACAUCAAUUGUUGUGUACUGUACUCUAUGCGCCCCCCUCUCCCGCCCUUCAACCCGCACUUAGCAGCAUGGUGAAGUAUGGUCAAAAGACUCCCACGGAAUGAGGAGGCCCUAAAUGUGCCAUGAUAAAUGAUUAUCUCCCGUGUACAUGAUCGUAAUGGCCUUCCCCACGCCGUGUUUGACCAUACUUCCCACGUUGAUAAGUGCUGCUUGAUGCACAUGGGGGUACAAUUUUACAGGCAAUGUUGCGACUGAAUUCUAUCUAAAACACGGACUGAACGCUUCGUGUAGCGUUAACAAUUGUUACUUUCUUAACAUCAGUAGGAAUUGUAACGUUUGUAAAAAAAAAGGCUCUGCGACAACUGAAUUACAUACGCCGAUUAAAUCAUAAUCGAAACACUGUAAAAUAAUAAAAGAAUGGAACCGUUA